GCUGGGUGGCAACAUAUGUUGCUGCCAACGCCAUUAAGGCCUUACUAGGAGGAACAGUUGGCUUAACAGUUCCAUGUUGGUGGACUUUAAUUAAAGUCUGCUGGACUCUGGAAGCCACACAAACGCAAAGCAGAAUUGAGAAAUUGUAAGCUUGAAAUAUUGGGCAGGAGAGAUUCUCUGGGAUAAAAAGCUCUUCAAGUUUCUCUCAUCCAUUUAUCCAUUUUUGAACGUUUCAAAAUUGUCCACAACGAUGGGUUACUGGAAAUCCAAGGUUCUUCCAAAGAUCAAGAAAAUUUUUGAGAAAAACGGUACUAAAAAGACUGCUGCUGCUGCUGAAGCCUGCAAGUCCUUCGAUGAUUCUAAGGAAGAGAUCAAUAAGGACUUUGAAGCCAAGAAAGACGAGCUCCAGCCUAAAGUCAUUGAAAUCUAUGAAGCUUCCUCAACUGAAAUCAAGACUUUGGUUAAAGAACCUAAGGAGGCAGGACUUAAGAACUCCACUGCAGUUCAGAAGUUCCUUGACGAACUCGUCAAAAUCGAAUUUCCGGGAUCAAAAGCAGUAUGUGAAGCAUCUUCAAAGUAUGGACCAGGGUUGGUUUCAGGGCCAGUUCUCUUCUUAUUUGAGAAGGUGUCGACUUUUAUAGUGACAGAAGAGAACGAAGAGGAGUUGCCGCCGCCGACCACCAACACAACUGGUGAAGAAGAAGCAAGCGGGAAGGAAAAGGAGAUAGUGAUUGAAGAAGAGAAGAAAGAAGAGGUAGCGGUGAUGGUUGAAGAACGCGAAGCGACAGAGGCAGUAGCGGCUGCAGCUGAGCCAGCAAAGCCAUGACUCCAAGCGGAUCAACUGAACCCUGUGAAAAGAGCUAGCUCAUUUUACAAAAAAUAAUAAUUUUUUUUUUAAAAAAAAGGACAAUCAAAAAGAUGAUUUGUUAUUCUUUAUUCUCUUUGCUUUCUUCGUAAAUUUUCUUAUGAUCUGUUUCUCUUAUUUGAUUGGGCCUAUGUGUAUUUGUUUCUGUGAGGAUUCGUUAUAAUGUUAAAGUGAUGGGAACUCGCAUCUCCUCUCCUUCCUUCA